AGGUUCUAACUGCAUUCUUUCACAUGACCCACUAGAUGAUGUUAUGGAGUUAAUAAGCAAUGAUUCUGUAAAUACAAGAACGCAGAGCGAUAUGGUCUCCUUUCCUAUGUUACCCGAUCAUGUUCCAUGUGGAGGUCUCCUUGAUACAGUUACCAUCAACCAACUCCCAGCAGAACCAACUGUUUCCCCUGAAUGGCAACCAUGCCAGACCUCUGCACUACCCACCCUGAUAAUCAAGGAACAGCCAAAGCAGCGGGGAAUGCGCUUCCGGUACAAGUGCGAGGGUAGGUCUGCCGGGAGCAUCCUGGGGGAAAGCAGCAAUGAUCAAACCAAGACCCUUCCUUCAAUACAGCUGUUAAACUGUGAGGCAAUCCGGGAUGUUCAUGUUAGCGUCUGUCUGGUGUGGAAGGACUCUCCUCAUCGUGUCCACCCACACUCCCUUGUGGGGAAAGACUGCCAUGAUGGCAUCUGUGAAGUCGUACUGCACCCAAAUGAUGGAGAGACUGAACAUUGUUUUAGUAACCUUGGAAUCCAAUGUGUUCGGAAAAAGGAAAUUGAGUCAUCGGUUAAAGCCAGGCUAAAUUUGGGGAUAGACCCCUAUAAUGCUGGCAUGUGGCGGCACCAUGAAGAGGUUGAUCUAAACGUGGUCAGGCUUUGUUUUCAGGCUUGGUAUAUGUCACUUGCAGCACAACGAAUGACAAUUGGACCUGUGUUGUCAGAGCCUGUGUACGAUAAGAAAUCCACAAAUACUUCAGAACUGAAGAUAUGCCGGAUGAAUAAAGAGUUUGGCCACUGUGAAGGGGGAGAAGAGUUGUACAUCCUGUGUGACAAGGUGCAGAAAGAGGACAUCAAGGUGGUAUUUUUCUGACAGUACAUGGGAGGCCUGCGCCAAUUUCUCCCAGGCUGAUGUGCACAGACAAAUCGCCAUCGUUCUCAAGACACCACCAUACCAUGAUUUGCAUAUCUGUGGCCCAGCAACUGUGCAAGUCUGCCUACAGAGGAUCACAGACGGCAUCCGCAGCGAUGGAGUGAAUUUCACAUACAUGCCACGUGAUGGAGAUUCCUAUGGACUGCGCAGAAAGCGACCCCGCCUCUCUUCUGUGCUGGAUGAGUUUGAUGGCCCCGACCCACAUGGGAUUGAGAGCAGGAGACGGCAAGCAAGACCUGACUACACAGAAUACAUAACCCCCCAAUCAGAUUAUUCGAUGCUCCCUGGUAUUGAUAUUAAUAUCUUGGCUGACACCCAUUUUCUUCAAGAUUAUAACACACAGGUUGAAGACACACAUUCAAACCUUGACAUCUAUAACACAUGGACCACUGAUCUAGAGGAACAAACAACUGCAAGUCAUUUUGAAGGCAUUCAAUCUUUCAGUGAUGGAGAGGGCACAGCCAGCUUGGUUGGGCACAGUAUCAACCUUACUGGAGAGCAGGAACGGAUGUAUUCAGACUGCUCCUACUUAGAUGAUGUGAGAAUGGGUGGUUGUUGA